CAGCCAGUUCCAGUACACCACUCAGUGACUGUUUGGCGGUGACGAUGGACGCAGCAGCAAGUGCACUCUGGACAUUUCUAACGCUGAUCGGCGGGUACGCCCUGGCCGUGUGGUCGUACGAGACGUUCAACUCGGCAGUCGGGAUCUGCUGGGGUCUGUGGCGGCAGUGUCGCGUUGGGGAUGACUUUGUGAAGAGGUAUGGCCAGUGGGCGGUCAUUACCGGUGGAUCGGAUGGGAUUGGACGGCAGUACGCGCUGUAUUUGGCGAAAAAGGGAUUGAAUGUGGUGUUGGUUGCGAUGGGGGACGAAAAGUUGAAGACCACUGCCCGGGAGAUUGAGUCCAAAUUUCCCGUGAAGGUGAAGCAAGUGCCGGUAAACUUUGCGCGUGGCUUUGAGGUGUACGAUUACAUUAAGAAAGAAAUCGCUGACUUGGACAUUGGAGUGCUGAUAAACAACGUGGGCACGGGGCCCAAGUUCGCCGCCAACUUUGAUUCGUUUCCACUCGAGCAGCACCACCAGCUGAUCAACGUGAACGUCAUAGCAGGCGUCGUCCUGAGUCAUAUCGCACUGCCCGGCAUGAAACAGCGCGGCCGCGGACUCGUCGUCAACGUGUCCUCGGUGUUCGGGCUGACGGCAGUGCCUACUGUGCUCAUGUACGGCGCCACCAAAGCGUUCGUGUACAGCUUCAGCGAGGCACUGCGCGAAGAGUUGAAGCCGUUCGGGGUCGAGUGUCAAACGGUCACGCCGCACUUUGUGGCGACCACGUUGACGGACACGUUCUCGCGCACGGUGCUGGGCCGGGUGAUCUGCGUCAAGGUGGAAAACUACGGCCGGUUCCUCACGAUGACGCUGGGGAAGACGCCGCAAACGACGGGCUAUUGGGCGCACGCUUUGCUGGUCACUGUUCAAAAGCUGGUCCCCUUGGAUAUCAUGCCCAAAAUUUAUCACAAAUUAGGCGGAUCGCUUUGGAGUGAAAAGAAGCUCAAGUCAGGAUGAUAAAAUUCUUACUCGACAGUAAAUAAAAUAAAGACGCCCUACGGGGCAAUGCAUUUGUAAAACCUCUGAUAGAGUAAAUCACUGGAAAAA